CUCCUCAUAUUGCUCGUCUUGAUCUUGGCUUGAUUUCACAGAAGCCAUGACAGUGUUGGUCUCGCCAUCACCUUGUGCUCGUGUGGUGGUGUUUCCUCACGUGGCUCAUGGACAUACGCUCCCAUUACUGGACAUAUGCAAGGCCCUCGCGAGCCUCGGUGUCGAAGUCACCAUCAUCGCCACGCCAAAGAAUGCCCCGCUCAUCCUGUCAAAGGUAUCGAGCUGCUCUGAAAUCUCCUUGCGCGCCAUACAGUUUCCUAGAGUCCCAGAGCUUCCUGAAGGAUGCGAGAACACUGCUGAUCUUCCUUCCAUGGCUUUGUUGGUGCCUUUCUUGAAAGCCACCAAGUCCAUGAGACCCGCCUUUGAGUGCAUUCUCAGGGAGAUGUCUGAAGCCGGGUCUCGCCCGCUCUGCGUGAUUUCUGACUUUUUCCUGGGAUGGACACUCGAUGUGUGUCGGUCUUUCGGAAUUCCUAGGAUUGUCUUCCAUGGGAUGGGGGUUUUGCCUAUGGCCAUCUCGAAAACUGCCUUCGGGAAUGUCCCGUCCCUCUUGGCGAUGCCCGAUUCCGAUCCAAUCAGACUGCCGAAGUUGAGCGUUCCUUUCACUGUCUAUAAGCAUGACAUCUCCGAUUUGGAGCGGUGCAAAGACCCUGAUGACCCUUUCUUGCUUAUACUAGCGGAGAUUGGAGAGGCGGAUGCGAAUAGUGCGGGGGUUAUCGUGAACAGCUUCGAAGAGCUCGAAGGUGAUUACGUUGCUGCCCUGGAGAGAUUCUACUGCCAGGGGGUGAAAGCUUGGUGCGUCGGGCCGGCUUUGCUCUACGACCAGAAUCAAGUAGAGAGGCCUGUCGGAUCCAAACAGGCAGACGACCCAUCUCAAUCCUACAUCAAGUGGCUGGACGAGCAUGUCGGAACGGGCGGAGUGAUAUACGUAUCAUUCGGAACACAAGCACACUUGAGUGACAUGCAAAUGGACAAUAUAGCUCAUGGACUGGAAAUGGCAGGGCAUCCAUUCAUAUGGGCGGUAAAACCGGCAGAUUGGAUGUCGCCGGACGACGGAUGGGAGGAUCGGCUGAAAGGGAGGGGCCUGGUCGUGCGCGAAUGGGCGGACCAGCGGCGCAUCUUGUCGCACCCAGCGAUAGGCGGGUUCUUGAGCCAUUGUGGUUGGAACUCGGUGCUGGAAAGCUUGUCGGAGGAGGUGCCGAUUCUGGCAUGGCCAACGGGUGCUGAUCAGCCCCUGAAUGCUAAGCUUGUGGUGACGGGGCUUGGGGCCGGGGUGAUGUUGGGAGAAGGUGGUGCGGGAGUGACAAUUGCAAGUGAGGUGAUAAGGGAUGGAGUCGAGGAAUUGAUGGGAGGGGAGAGAGGGAGGCAGGCUAGGGACAGGGCCAGAGAGAUUGCUAGAUUGGCAAGGCAAGCUGUGGAGAAGAAGGGUGGAUCGUCCUACAAGAAUUUGGGAGGCUUGAUUGAAUUCCUCAAAGAAAGAGUUCCGGAGAGAGCUUAGGUAGCUUCCUUCCCUUCAUUUGUUUCCAGGCACAACAAGGCUUAGAAUUAGAUAAAUGGAGGUGGUAACUGGUAACCAAGUAAAAGCAAAACAUACAACAGAGCCUCAUGGAAAUAUAUUGUGCCUCAU